AUGACCAAAACUAUCCUUGUCCUCGGCGGCGCCGGCGCCCAAAACUCAGCAGUUGUACAUGAGCUCAGCAAGGAGCCGUCCUUUGCCAUCAAGAUGCUUUCCCGAGACGUGAAGACCCCAGAAGCACGGGCUCUCUCUGUCCUCCCGCGUGUGGAGCUGGUGCAGGGCGAUUGCUACGACGAGGACACGCUCGUGUUAGCCUUUAAAGGUGUACAUGCCUGCUUUAUCAACACCAACGGGAAUGCCAUAGGCGAAAAGGCCGAAAUAUUCUGGGGUAUUCGAAUCUACGAGAUUGCGUACUGGGCCGGCGUGAAGCACUUUGUGUACAGCUCGCUGCCUUACGUGUCCAAGAAGUCAGGCUUCAACCCAAAGUACAGGGUGCCGUUCACGGAUGGUAAGGCCAAAGUUUGCGAAUUUAUUAAAGCGCAGCCAACCGACGUAAUGAACUGGAGUUUUAUUGAGAGUGGCCCUUAUCCAGAGCACCAUCUAAGCUCGCUUUGGGCUCCUGAUAAGGGACCGGACGGCGUCUACGUCUUCCGUACGCCUAUUGGUCCAACCGGUGCAAUUGCCCUUGUUGGACUGUCUGAUUUCGCAUGGUACGCUCGCUACAUAUUAGCGCACCCUGACGAAUUUAAGGGCGAUUUGCUGAGCGUUGGUAUCGAACAUGCGAGCGGUGAAGACAUUGCCACCGCCUUUACAAAGGUGACUGGCGAGGCAGCUCGCUUCGAACCGCUACCACUGUCCACCGUCGCCAAGGCGUGGCCUGACAACAAGCUUGGCACGGCCGGGUCUCCUGGGUACGACGACCCGACGCUGAAGACAAUGGCGGAAACGUUUGUCCCCUGGUACACCAUAUGGCAGGAGAGCGGUGGUAAUGUAGGACUUUGGACCAAGGACUACGAGCGCCUGGAUAAGAUUCACCCUAAUAGGGUAAGGAGUGUGGAGGAAUGGAUGAAGUCUGUUGGUUACGGAGCGGAGAGAAAACCGAGUAUUCUAAGGACGCCGUUAGUGCCUGAUACAAGUAAAUAA